ACAAAUACACUGCUUCACUAUCUUAUCACUUAAUUAUACACUGGCAAAUCUUAUCGGCAAAUGGGCACAAUCCCAGCUGUUGGGUCACAUCCUGUUGUUCAUUAAAUUGGUAUAUUUCCCAUAAAUUGUGCAGUCAUCAUUUCAACGUUGGUCAAUUCAGUCACAAUUUUAGAUAAACUCCCUCCUGCACAAUUUCGUCAUGAAUCAUCCCAUUACAAUUUAUCGUGUCUUCUUUCUGGCCAAAAUAUUGGUAACCUUUUUUCUACGCCUUAAUAAUGUGAUAGCCCAACAAGAACAAUUUGCCUCCUUGUAUAAUUCAACAAACUGUGGGGGAAAUCCGAUCUCUAAUAUGACCACUGAGGUGACGUACCUUAUCACUGAUUACUUGCCAGGAGUUAGUUAUCGCGUGGAAGGAUUAUGGACCAUUGAACUCUGCAGAGAAAAUUACUUGACCUGCUACCUGCGGGAGGUUCGAAGUGGAAAAUUAGACGAAAAUUGUUACCAGCUGAUUCCAGAGCGGGAAAAUUAUACACGAUUUCUGUUCACGCGAUUCGGGGACGUAAAUCAGGUCAAGACAGAGCUCACUUUUUUCAGCGAGCCAGAAUUUAAGGGGGAACGUUUCUUGGUGGAUGAAAGGGGGAGAGAGUAUAAGGAGCCGAUAGAGGCGCAGUCGUAUUUCUUCACGGGGCAAAAUGUCUGGGAAAUUUUGAAAGUAAGAAAUGAGACGGAAGGGACUUGUCUAAAUGAUACGUUGGGAGGGAGUGAGUAUGGUUUUACGGUAAAUCCAAGGACGAGAAUGCAGGUUGGAGCGGUAAGAUUUGAAUGCAGGGAGAGGAUAAGAUCUACGACGGGUAGACCCAGUAGCGGGAAUAGGUUGGGGUUGAGUGAGACAAUUUUUGGUUUACUUUUGGCGGUGAGUUGUGCAUCAGUUAAAUUUAGGUGAUUUGAAUGAAGAGGGGUAAUUAUAUAUUUAUAUCGUUAUUUUAUUUAAAAUCUUAAUUAUUGUUAAAUUUUGUGUUGCAAAAAAUUUAAAUGAAUAAAUACAGACGCGAAAUGUAGUUGGGUGGAAGAGGAAAAUAA